GGCUGAUGAUGUACCCAGUGAAACACGGAUCCCGUGUAUAAUUCUGUGCAAGUUUCACACGAGGUUUUAUAUUGAAGAUGGCGACCCUGGAAGUGGAAUCAGCAGAUGUAAUUCGAUUGAUUGAACAAUAUUUGAAAGAAAAUAAUUUAAGACGUACCCUGCAAACGCUACAGGAAGAAACAAGCAUUACGCUGAAUACUGUGGACAGUGUUGAAGGAUUUGUAUCGGAUAUAAAUAAUGGACAUUGGGACAUCGUGUUACAGGCUAUCCAAUCACUUAAAUUGCCAGAUAAAACCUUAAUCGACCUUUAUGAACAGAUUGUGGUAGAGCUGAUCGAAUUACGCGAACUUGGAGCAGCCAGAUCUCUUCUCCGGCAAACAGACCCUAUGCUUAUGUUGAAAAAACAGCAAGCAGACAGAUUUUUGAGGCUGGAAAACCUGUUAGCUAGAUCGUAUUUUGAUCCAAGAGAGGCCUAUCCCGAUGGAAGUAGUAAAGAGAAGAGAAGACAUGCUAUUGCCCAGGCAUUGGCUGGUGAAGUUAACGUUGUUCCACCGAGUCGACUCACUGCUUUAUUGGGACAGUCGUUAAAAUGGCAGCAAUACCAGGGUCUUCUACCGCCUGGUACAUCAAUUGAUUUGUUUCGAGGUAAAGCUGCACAGAAAGGAAUGGAAGAAGAAAAAUGUCCAACAUUUCUUAGUAAAACAGUCAAGUUUGGUACGAAAUCUCACCCCACGUCGUCUAUAUUUUCACCUGAUGGUCAGUUUCUUGUCACUGGUAGUGCUGAUGGAUUCAUCGAAGUGUGGAAUUAUCAAACUGGUAAAAUUCGAAAGGAUCUCAAGUAUCAAGCAGAGGAUAAUUUUAUGUUGAUGGAAGAUGCCGUUUUAUGUUUGGCGUUUAGCCGAGACAGUGAGAUGUUGGUUUCGGGAAGUCAAGAUGGAAAGAUUAAAGUUUGGAAAAUACAAUCUGGACAGUGUUUGCGAAGAUUAGCAACAGCUCAUACUAAAGGUGUUACAUCUGUCCAGUUUUCUAAAGAUUCCAGUCAAAUAUUGAGCACAUCUUACGACCACACUUUAAGAUUACAUGGGCUUAAAUCUGGAAGAACGUUGAAAGAGUUCCGUGGUCAUACUUCCUUCGUCAAUCAUGCUAUGUUUACACAGGAUUGUCACCAAAUCAUAAGUUGCAGCAGCGAUGGUACAGUGAAAGUAUGGAGCGCCAAAUCUGCAGAAUGUUUGCAUACGUUUCAAGGCGGUAUUGGUGGCUCAUCAGCCGGAAUCCGAAUUAAUUCCGUACACGCUCUACCGAGAGCCGUUGACCAAUUUGUACUGUGCAACAAAUCGAGCACUGUUUUCAUUAUGAAUAUGCAGGGACAGGUUGUACGGACGUUUACAUCGGGAAAGCGCGAGGGUGGAGACUUCGUUUGCUGUGAAGUGUCACCACAUGGAGAAUGGAUAUAUUGCGUUGGCGAAGAUUUUGUGCUAUACUGCUUUAGUACCAGCACUGGAAAAUUAGAACGAACUAUGAUAGUUCACGAAAAAUACGCUUUAGGCGUGUGUCAUCAUCCUCAUCAGAAUUUGUUAUCGACGUUUUCUGAGGAUGGAACUAUGAAAUUAUGGAAAGCUUAAAAAAAAUUGUUUUCAUAGAAGCAAAAUAAGAAGCAACGUUUGAACACAACGAAGAACUUUAAAAUAUCUUACCAGAAGUAGUAUAUGUUUGAAGAAGUUUACGUGUAAAUAAGACUUGAAAAUAUUGAGCUGACAAAGACAGCCUAAAGUUGUAUAUCAUAGUCACGAUGGUAAUGUGAUGGAUUGUCACAUAUAGAAGAUGCAACAUUUUUUAUGUUAAACUAUGACAAAGUUGUAUACGUUUAACUCAAACUCAGAAUAAAUAUUGUUUUUAAUAA